GCGCAUGCGCAGUGCCCGCCCCCUCCGCCAUGAGGGAGGUGGGAGACGGGGAAGAUGGCGUUGGGCUGCCGCCAAGGCGGCUGGUGGUGCGGCCGCGCUAUCUUAGGGCCGCCUGUGCUGAGGGGGCGGCCGCUCGCCGCACGGGUCGCCGAUGGGGUGGAGACCGGGUCCCCGGCGCGGCCCUACGCGGUGGCCGGCGGCGAUGAGGCGGCGAGCGGGCAGGAACUGCUCGAGGUGUGCUGGCGGCGGCACUUCCUGCGGGGUGGCGCGGAGCCGCGGCCGGCGCUCCCCUGGCGCGCCUACCUCAGCGGCUGCCACCCGGGCUUCGGGCCGCUGGGCGUGACGCUGCGGGGCAACUUGACGGCCCAGUGGUGGGACUCGGCCCUGGCUUUCCGGGAGCAGGUGUUCGCGGUGGAGGCUCCGCUCCACAGCCCGCCCGCUGCCGGUGCUCCGCAGGUCGGGCAGGGUCUCCGGCUGCUGCACUCAGAGACGCUGCGCGGAGCCCUCCAGAGCAGGGGCUGUAGCCAGGAGCCGGGCGGUCCGUCUCUGGAAGUGCUGGGGACCGCGGGGAUGCUCCGGGAGAGCCUGCUUCCCGGUGCUUUGGCGCAGUAUGUUAGCUGCUUAGAAUUGGUGAACAAAAGACUGCCUUGUGGCCUCGCUCAGAUUGGAGUAUGCUUUCACUCUAUUCCAGAAAGUGAACAACAAAAGGAAAACCUUAGAAGAAUAGGCGAAAGGACCACGUCUUUGCUUGCAUGGUUUAGCUCUCCCAGAACUGCAGGACAGUGGCUCGAUUACUGGUUACGCCAGAGGCUCCAGUGGUGGAGAAAGUUUGCAGUAGUCCCAUCUAACUUCAGCAGCAGUGACUUUCAGGAUGAAGAAGGAAGAAGAGGAUUUAAGUUACAUUACAGCUUUCCCUGGGGGACAGAAACAGUAGAAACAUUGAAGAACCUUGGCGAUACUGAACUGUUACAGAUGUAUCCAGGGGAUAGUUCAAAACUACUUGGCCGAGAUGGAAGGAAGAAUGUUAUUCCUCAUGUUCUGUCUGUGAGUGGAAAUCUGGACCGAGGAGCAUUAGCAUAUCUCUUUGAUUCUCUACAGCUAGCUGAGAAUCCAUUAACAAAAAAGAAAAAUUCACAGAGAAAGGUACUUAAGCUUCAUCCUUGUUUAGCACCUCUUAAAGUGGCCUUGGAUGUAGGAAAAGGUCCAACAACAGAGCUGAGACAGGUUUGUCAAGGAUUGUUCAAUGAACUGUCAGAAAACAGAAUUUCUGUAUGGCCGGGUUAUCUUGAAACGGUGCAGGUAUCUCUGGAACAGCUUUAUACAAAGUAUGAUGAGAUGAGCGUUCUCUUCACGGUCUUGAUAACUGAUGCCACUCUAGAGAAUGGAGUGGUCCAGCUGAGAAGCAGAGACACCACUAUGAAGGAAAUGAUGCACAUUUCUAGGCUGAAGGACUUUUUAACUAAGUAUGUAUCAUCAGCCAAAAAUGUGUAAACUUAAAGUUGUUGAAUAAAAGAAAUUUCUUAAA